CAAGAUCCCCCUACCUCUCCCCCUUUCUCCCUUAUUUUCUUUCCCCCUCCCCCCGCCGAGAAAGAAAUGCUCCCCGUCGCCCGUCUCGGCUCGCGGCUAGUCCAAACGUCCACCCUGCGCGGGAUCCGCCUCCCCCUCCUGGCAUCGGCCCACUUCUCUUCGGGGCCGAUCGGCGGGCCGCGGGUGGCCAUUGUUGGCAGUGGUCCUGCGGGCUUCUACACGGCGGACCGGCUGCUGCGGCGGGCCGGUGCCGCGAGCCAGGCGGCUCCCGAGGCCGAUGGCUCUGCCACAAGUGCCGCCUUGCGCAUUGACAUCCUGGAGAGUCUGCCAGUGCCCUUUGGCUUGGCCCGGCACGGGGUGGCCCCGGACCACCAGGCCAUGAAGCAGUGCAUCAACCGGUUUGAUGCGCUGCUGGCCGAGCAGCGGGAGGCCGCGGAAUCGGCAACCGGGCAGCCGCAGCUCCGGUGGUUUGGUAAUGUGACGGUCGGGGCCGGUCCGCCGGCUCCCUGCGGGGCGCCGGUUCCCGAGGGCCCCCCCCCACCGGCUCUGUCAUUGGCGGCCCUUCGCUCGGCCUACGACGCGGUGAUCCUUGCCCAUGGGGCUCAGGAUGGCCGCGACCUCGGGGUGCCGGUGGUGGAUGUGGCCACCGGCCGGCCGCUGCAUGCCACCUCCCGCGGCACGGCUGCCCAUGGCGCCGCCCUCGAGCGCAUGCUGGUCAAUCUCCUGCCCGCGCGCGAUUUCGUCUGUUGGUACAAUGGCCAGACAGACCACACCGAGUGUCCGGUCCCGGCGCUGGCAGCCCCGGCGGCGGCCUGGCUGCCGGUUUCGGCGUCCGAGCUGGCGCCCGGGCUGACCGGAGUUCGCGUGGCCGAGUUGCCCGCGGGAGCCGGGGCCCGGGCCCUGGUUGUGGGCAAUGGCAAUGUGGCCCUCGAUGUGGCACGGGCUCUGCUGCGCGGGGAUCGGGCCUUCGAGAAGUUGGAUGUCCCCCGUGCCGGGGUGCUGGAGGUGCUUCGGCGCCAUGCCGCAGCGCCGGGAGACCGACGCAUCCGCCAUGUGGAGGUCAUUGGCCGGCGUGGCCCCGCGGAGGUUAGCUUCACCAUCAGCGAACUGCGUGAGCUGGUGGGCGCGGCCAUUGCCCGCCACGCCGGGCAGGCGCCGGAUCCCGAAAAGUUCCCCCUCGACGCGGCGGAUCCCCCCGGGGAGGAGGUGGUCCUUGUGGUGCCGGAGAAGGCGCUGGUUUUGCAGGCGCUGGAUGCGGCCCCGGCGCCGGCCCGGCCGCGCGUCCGCCUGCUGGCACUCCUGCGCCAGGCGGUCGAGGCGGCGGUCGACCCGGCCGAGGAGCCAAAUGUGUACGCCCGUGCCGGGCGCACGCUGACCUUCCGGUUUUUCGCCGCCCCGACAGCCAUCCUGGCCCAAGGCGUGGCCACUCCUGUCGAACCGGAGGGCCCGAGUGCCGACGGCUGCCCGGCCUCCUACUACCAAGUGGCUGGCCUGCGGCUGGGCUUGAGCACGGUGGACCCGGCCACCGGCCGUGCCACGCCGCGCAACACCGGCACCGGGCUCGAGACCCAAAUCCUCCUGCCGGCUUCGGUGGUCUUGACGUCGGUGGGCUUCCGCGUGGGGGCCCUGGACGAUGAGGCGCCGAUCGACACGGCUGCCGGUGCCAAUCGCCUGGCCCAUGAUGGCCAGGGGCGUGUUCUGCCGGCUGGCGAGCCGCAGCCGCCGGCCGAUUCUUCGGGCUCCAGCUCCACGGCCCUGGCCCCGGUCUAUUGUGCCGGCUGGGCCAAGACAGGGCCGGUGGGGGUCAUUGCCUCGACCAUGGCCGAUGCCUAUGCCACGGCUGACGUGGUGUGGGAGGAUUUGGCCGCUCGCGGAGGGACUCGUGUUGACACGGCCCCCGGCUUUGAGGGCCUCCCGAUCGACCACUCCCAGGCCAUCACCGCGGCCCAGUGGGCCCUUCUGGACCGGGAGGAGCGUGCCCGCGGCGAGGCGGCCGGUGCCCUUCGGGACAAGAUCCCCAGCCGGGCCGAGCAGCUUCGUCUGUCCCGCGGCGGCUCGGCCAGCCCCGAGUAACGCGACCGCCGGUUCAAAACAGACACGCACACGCACGCACACGCACGCACACGCACGCACACGCACGCACACGCACGCACACGCACGCACACUUUCAUACACUCAGCGAGGCUCAGGCCGGCCGCCAGAGGAAGACAUGGCGCGCUGUGAGCGCCCAUAGCCGAAGCUCGGCAGACGGCGGGGGGCCAGCGCAAACAGGGCGAGCCUGCGGUUAGCCCAUUCGCUUCCGGGGCCGCGAUAGCGCCCUGGUAGCAGCGAUAGCCGCUUUGGACGGUGCGCCAGGGCCGCCCGGCCCCGCUGCGAGCCAACGCCAUAUGCCAACCCAUAGACAGCCAAUACAUCCCCACUGGCACCUGCCUGAUCUCCGGACACCUGCUUCGGUGGCAGGUGCUCCAUCGCUG